GAUUGGAUUUUUUGUAUUUACAGGGUGCACAAUGGGUCGUGUAAUUAGAGGCCAGAGAAAGGGUGCAGGCUCUGUCUUCAAAGCUCACGUGAAACACAGGAAAGGUCCUGCAAAGUUGAGAGCUGUGGAUUUUGCUGAACGUCAUGGUUAUAUCAAGGGUAUUGUCAAGGAUAUAAUUCAUGACCCUGGCCGUGGUGCUCCUUUAGCAAAGGUGGUGUUCCGAGAUCCUUACAGGUUCAAAAGGAGGACUGAGCUGUUCAUUGCAGCAGAGGGUAUUCACACCGGUCAGUUUAUCUACUGUGGUAAGAAAGCUCAAUUGAACAUUGGAAAUGUCCUCCCUGUGGGUACUAUGCCAGAAGGCACCAUAGUGUGUUGCCUGGAAGAGAAGCCAGGUGACCGUGGCAAACUUGCCCGCGCCUCUGGUAAUUACGCCACAGUCAUUUCUCACAAUCCUGAGACUAAGAAAAGUCGUGUCAAGUUGCCAUCUGGUUCUAAGAAAGUUGUUUCCUCAGCGAACAGAGCUAUUGUUGGUGUCGUUGCUGGUGGUGGUCGUAUUGAUAAGCCCAUAUUGAAGGCGGGUCGGGCUUACCACAAAUACAAGGCAAAGAGAAACUGCUGGCCACGUGUUCGUGGUGUGGCUAUGAAUCCUGUAGAACAUCCUUUUGGUGGUGGUAACCAUCAGCACAUCGGGAAGCCAUCAACUAUCAGAAGGGAUGCUCCGGCUGGACGUAAAGUUGGUCUCAUUGCUGCUCGUCGUACCGGUAGACUGCGUGGUACCAAGACUGUCCAGGAAAAGGAGAACUAGUUUCUUUGUGUAUUUGCAUAA